AUGGGCGGUAAAAGUAAAGGGCCAGAUAAGCCCCUCAAAAAGGUAAUUAAUAUUAUAUAUUGUUUUUUGUUGUUUUUGAGACCUGUAUUUAAUCUUUACAGCAGUUAAAACAUCUGACCGACAAUGAACUUGACAGUCGACUUAAAAUUUCUUUGGUAGGUUAUUUUUUGGGUAUUUAUUCUUAUUUUUAGGUGAAUCGGAAUCUUCAAGAUAAAGUUAAGCUGGAUAAUAUGGAUAGGAAAAAGAAAGAAGAGUUUUUGAUCAAGCUUUCUGCGGAUGUGGAUUCUGGUAGCAAAGAGGUAAGAGCUCUUCGAAUGAGUCAUUCUGUCAGGACGUCAACGCGGCAAUGGACAAUUUAAUGAAUAUUACCAACGAGAAAUACGGAGCUCAAGCUGCCCAAAAGUUGGUUACUCUUAGAGUCCGAAUUGGAACGGCCACAAUCGAAUGGAUAGAUUGGUUUUGUGAUGCUGGUGGUCAUGUAUGCCUGAUGACUGUCUUAACAUGGUGUACGCAAAACCUGGAACGAUGUCUUCAAGGUGCCCGGGACAAGGAUCAGUAUUUGAAUCUUGUCGCCACUAUUCCCGAGGUUGUCAAAUGCCUGAGGGCCUUGAUGAACACCGAUGUAGGUUGAUGUUGCCAAAAAAUUAUCUCAGGUUUUAGCGUGGUUUAAAACAAUGUUUGAAUUCUGGAUUGGGAUUGUUUAUGAAGUUAAUUGAUAUGCUACAUGUCCUCAAUCAGGUCAACGAAAAGGCUCUGGAUUCUGUAAAAGCCGAAAUAUUCAGAUUUUUCAAUGUCUCGUUCGUCGUCCAUAAAUUUUGCAAAAUUAGUGGGUAUGAAUAAUAGAUAAUUUGUUUUUUGAAUUACGUUAUUUUUUAGAGUGGAACUCUUGAUUUCUGGCUUCGAUGCAUUCGAACGGAGUCGAAAGAUUUGUAGGUUCUGUCCGAUCAUUUCUUCUCUUAAAUAUGCCAGUGCCAACACUAUGGUAAGUCGUUACACUACCUUAUACCUUUUAAUUUUAGUUUAGAACUUUCGAGUUUAUUAACCAGUUGUUGUCGAUCCCCAAAGAUUACAGGCACAGGGUUAUUAUGAGACAAGAAUUAAUCCAUGCUGGUCUGCAACCUCUUAUGAGAGUAAGUUUACAGUCUGAAAGAAAUCACUAUUCACUGUAGGAAGUUGAGAAAGUAGCCAAAGAUCUUCCCGAACUUCGACGAGAGCUGGAUCACUUUCAUGAUACGAUGAAGGCCGAUUCUGAAGAUCUGGUUUGCCAUGAGACAUCAAAAAGCUCUAAGUUUUGUUCGGAACCGGAGGAGUUACUGAAUAAGCUUUGUAAAAAGUUUGCGAAGACAAAAUGUGAAUUUAUAUGGUAUGAUAUCUUGACGAGACUAUUGAUGCUUAUGGAUAAAUCAACGCCUGAGUAGGUCAUUUUACAGGGCUUGAAACGCUUUCAGCUUUGAUUACCUUCUUGCUCUACGAAACUUCAUUUCUUUCUUGUCCUACAAAGAUGAACCAACAAAGAACGAGAGGGAUAUUCGACCAUCCAACUUUGGUACGUUUCCACUCAUUAACACUUCGUCCAUGCGUGCGAUCUUAAGUGAUUAAAUACCACAGUUUACAGUGACAUCAUUUCUGCGGGUGAUAAAUUGGUGGUGUGUUACGGUAACGUGGGUGUGCUGUAAUUGGGAAUUUUCAAAAAUUUCCAACGCAGAAAAGUCGUUACUGUCGUUUGCAAAGGGUUUUCACAGGUCUACACAGACAUAUAUUACUUGUGGCCUGAGGCCAAGCCGUUCAUGAGAAAUGCUUGAUAAACCAAAAAGUCAUAAAAAAUAUAGGCCUAAAAAACGACGCCAUAACUUUUCAAUGCGAAGUAAAUUUUUCUGAAAGUCCCCGUCUUUUUGAAACAAAAGUUACAGUACCUCCGUUACCUUAACCCCACAAAAAAUUUUCAGCUUUAGGAGUGAAGUGACUGUGAAGUGCGCCAUAAAUGGCAUUAACUUUUAUUUUGUUUUUUGUAUGUUUUCUUUCAGGACGUUUGGUAAAUGAUGUAUAUGCAAGUCAAGAUUUAAAACGGCUAAAUGAAAGGCUCCAAACGGCGGUUAAUGAGAAGCAAGAGGCCUAUGCUCAACAGGUUUCCUACUUUAACAAAAUAAAUGAAUUGCAUGAUGAGGUUGGAAAACUUAGAGAACAUGUAAGAACUCCUUUUAAUCUUGGAUACGCUGGAUUUUAAGAUACGGAACCCGGAAAUUCCGCUACCUCCGUUAACUGUGAUCGAUGUGGCACCACCAAAGUUGAGAGGAAACACACCGGCGAAUUCUCCGGCAUCAAGUAAACCUCCCAAUGCCAAGAACUUGCGACCUGAAGCAGCACCUACUGGUUCAAAUAUUCCCCCUCCUCCUCCUUUGCCACCAAAUAUGAUUAAGACUGGAGGGGUUCCUCCGGUUCCCCCUCCUCCGCCCCCUCCUCCAUCACUAAAAGGGCCUGUUCCACCCCCACCACCACCCAUAGGAGGUCUUAAAGGACUCCCCCCGCCUCCUUUACAUGGUGGACAUAAGGCCAAGCCUGUUGGGCCGUCAUUACCCAGCUAUCUUCUCAUCAAACGACCGGUUAUGCCAAAGUUUCCGAUGAGAAGAAUUCCACAGUGGGAAGAACUUACAGUAAGAACAAGCUGAAAUUUAAUCGUUCGCAUUUUAAAGUUAAUCCCUAAAAACAUCCGGGACAAUUCUAUAUGGACAAAGUAUCAGAAAACUGAAGAGAAAUUCACGGAUGAAGAGUUUUAUUCUACAUUAACUGAGAAGUUUGGUAGACCUGAAACCAAGUCAAAGGCACCUGUUUUCAAAGCAAAAAUCAAGGAACCGGUGAUUGUGAAGGACAACAACAAAUUGAAGAAAUGGGGUAAGAUACGGCAUGAGAAUAGAUAUGUCUUUUAGAUAUUUUGAGUGCCAGACUAAUAAAGGAUUACGAAGCAUUUAAACGGGCACUCUACGAAUUGGACAUGAAUGUUUUGAACGAGGAUUUGUUAUCGGCAGUCCAAGAAAAGCUUCUGGAACCAGAGCUGUUCAAGAAACUCCGGGAGAAACCUAUAGAAGCCUUUAAAGAUGCCCCUGAGGGGGAAAAGGUAGGUAAAGCUGAUGUCUUUAAGAGCUUGACUUAAGCUGCUUGCAUGUCUGUCCCAUGUGAAAGACCUCCCGAAUCGUUUGAGAGCCAUAUCGAUGUUGUUAUCCUUCCCUAAAAUAUCGCAGGAAGUCAAGAGUAAUCUGUCCAUCAUUGCCGAAGCUUGCGACGAGGUUAUGCAUUCCCUUGGCCUUGGUCAUUUCGUUUCCCUUGUUUUAGCUUGUGGAAACUUCCUCAUGAAAAAUGACAAACAAAACAAGGAUUGGUAUGGAUACACGAUGAACUUGUUAACGAAGGUAAGAACUGUUCAUUUUAUCAUCGAUUUUUAGUUGUCGGAAACAAAGGAUGUCAGCAACAAGGCGACACUUUUGGACAACUUGGUCAUCUUGUUUGAUAAAAAAACGAAUGGACAGUUCACCGAAUUCGCAAUGAAAGACUUUUUCCAUGUCUACAAGGCCAAGCGAUUAAUGCUGAGUCACGAAGCGGCACAAGUGGAUGAUUUACAGAAGAGGUUGAAGGUAUUAUCUGGUUACAAUGCAAAGUUCAUAAAACAAGUUCCAUAUGAUAGAAUGGGAGAGGAAUUGUCGAAGUUUUUGCCUGAUGGAAUUGCUGUUAUGGAUACGUUAGUCGAGGUAAGAGUUUUCUAUUUCAGAUGAUGCUUACUGUUUCAGUUAAAGAAAAGCGUGGAAGAAAAGGCAGCAGAAGUGGAGGUCUUCUUUUCCUACGACCCAAAGAAAUACAAAUUGGAAAAUCUUUUUACCGAUAUUUCCAACUUUGCUGGGCAGUAUGAAGUAGGUCUUAGAUUAAUAUAUUUUAUUAUUUGUCUUAGGCUUCUUAUAUUAGGAUGAAGACCAAACCAAAGGAAACGAUUCCUCUAGCAUCCCAAGCAAAGAAUAUAAUCAAGAAGGCGGAUGAAAAGAAAGCGAGACUAAAUAUACAAAACGGAUGUCUUGACGAGCUUGAGAACGUACUAGCCAAUUCGAGAUCCAAGAGGAGUGUUAAAAGAAGUAUGUGACAUAAUCCGCUUACAUUUAUGUUUUAGAUACCCGGCAAAAUGAAGUAGAUCUUUUUGCUCAACUGUCAUCCGCAAUGUUGGAAAACUCAAAGGAUUCCUUCCGGUUGACGAGUAGUUCCAAAGGAGUCCGACCGUUUUCUACAGAAAAAGAGAAUCUUUUACCUAGUGGAAGCAACUCCACCUUCAGCUCCACUUUAAGUGUAGCUCAUAACGAGGACUCGGACAAGGAUUCCAUCCCCGAUAUUGAUGCUCUGGUGCGUCGUGUACAAUAUCUCUGA